AUGAAUACGAAUCCAACAUCCGGUCGUUUCAAUGUAGGCGUAAGAGAGUUUGGUGAAAGUGCUAAAUGGCCGACUAUAUGUGAUGCUGCACUAGUGCUACUACUGCAGACCGCUCUUGUGGCGAGCAAAGCUGUAAAUCAAACGCAACUACAGCAGCAUUUACAGCAACAAAUUCCAUAUGGUACAGAAGCGCAAAAACGAUGGGGAGAUGACUCUGGUGGCGGUUAUGGCGGUUUUGGGGGUGACGUAGGUGGUCAUUUUGACGGUGGAGAUAUCGGCAAUCACUUUCACACAGGUGGUGGUGAUCUAGGAGGUCAUUUGGGUGGCGGUGAUAUUGGUGAUGGUUUAAGUGGCGGUGAUAUCGGCGGAGGAAUCGAUGCGCAUCAUGGCGGUUAUCAGGAUCAUCAUGACGACCAUCAUCACGACCAUCAUGACGAGGGUUAUUGGAAGAAAAAACUAAUUUGGAAGCCGGGUUGGAAAAAAAUUUGGAAACCGGCCCAAAAACAAAUUUGGAAGCCUGCGUGGAAAAAAAUUUGGAAACCUAUUUGGGUGCCGACACAAAAAGCGAUAUGGAAAGAAAUUCAAGUACCCGCUUGGAAAAAAAUUUGGAAGCCAGUGUGGAAAGAAAUUCAAGUGCCAGUAUGGAAGGACAUACAAGUACCAGCCUGGAAGAAAAUCUGGAAACCGAUUUGGCAACCAAUCCAAGUGCCCGCUUGGAAAGAGAUUCAAGUGCCCGCGUGGAAAAAGAUUUGGAAGCCGGUUUGGAGAGAGAUUCAGGUACCAGCGUGGAAAGAAAUUCAAGUACCUGCUUGGAAGAAGCUCUGGAUCCCCGAGUGGGUAAAGAUCGGUAUACCAGGUGAGCAUUUUCACGGUACCGAUCAUCAUGGAUGGCAAUAUACCAGUCACGAUCUCUGGAAGAAAAAGUUAAUCUGGAAGCCAGUAUGGAAGAAAUACUGGAAGCCAGCGAAAAAGCAGAUUUGGAUACCGGACAAAAAGCUCGAGUGGAAGGAGGCUUGGAAACAAAUUUGGAAACCAGCAAAGAAACAAAUCUGGGUAGAAGAUAAGAAAUUGGUUUGGAAGGAAGAGUGGAAACAAAUCUGGAAGCCAUCUAAGAAACUGAUCUGGGUACCUGAUAAGAAACUUGAAUGGAAGGAGGCUUGGAAACAAGUCUGGAAAGCUCACAAGAAGUUGGAGUGGAUUCCUGACAAGAAACUCGCUUGGAAAGAGGCAUGGAAGCAGAUCUGGGUACCCGCUUGGAAGCAGAUCUGGGUACCGGCAUGGAAGAAAAUUUGGAAACCAGUCUGGAUAUCUGAAUGGUUCCCAAGCGAGGAUCACCAUCAUCAUCAUGGCUGGGAUCGUAAAGACACGCAGACUCAGAACGCAGCACAACCUGCGUCCAAUAAUCCAGAGAACGCUCUGCAGAAGACGCAGGUACAGCAACAACAUUCAACUGAAAAUAACCAAGUCAAGUGGGAUAGAUCUUUUGUGCAGUCACCGUCGCCGACUGUUGCGCAAGAUUUACUACCACCACCCGCUAAUCAAAACCAAGGUCAAGCCAACUUUAUGUUUCCCAGCCGCUAGGAGCCGCCAUGGAGUUAGCUCUUCGUAUAAAAGGCAUUAUAAUCUCUCAAAAUGCUUGUACAAACCUCUCCAUAGGAGAAUACUGUAACAUAAUCCACUGUAUAUAUUACGUUUUAGGAUUAAGAUAGGUCGUGUAAAGCUUAAGUUACCCGAAGUUACUCGACUGACUUGCUCCCUAUCCCUUGGGAUGCACCCUUAUGAUUCUUACACGUUAUAAUUUUUGUUUUUUUUUCUAUUGUUUUCUUCUUUUUAUACGAGUUUGUCUCUUCUGAUUGUUAACUAAUACUGUUACCAAUAAAGUUUACAAAUAUUUUGUUAA